AUGGAACUGAUUCUAACUAGACCAAUUACAAGCCCAUCAUGUAUUCUGACAGCGCCAGAUAUAACAAUAGCUAUGAAGGAAGAAGAUCCAGAUCGAAGAAUCGAAGACAAUCUCGUUACGAUUCCUCUUCUAGCGACGAUGAAUACAGCCGAAGACGAUCAAGAUCUCCUUACUAUGACUGCCGUGACUUUGAUUAUGAAGGAAGAAAAUCCAGGUUUCGAACAACGAAAAGAAAAGUUCAUUGUUAUCAAUCUCGACCCAGUGAACGUCACAGAGAAGACGACCGGGCCGAUUAUUACUAUUCAUCUGCAAAUAGAAAUCGACAUGAUUCUCGGGGAAAAUAUGCGACAUAUUCACGAGACGAAAAAUCUUCUAAUUUUUACCAAAGGACUUCCUACAAACAAGGAACAAAAAGAAAACGCUCUCAAGAAAAUUAUAUGGCAAAAGCCAGUUCCAUAUGAAGUGACAAAAAAUGAAAAACAUCGAGGCGAAAAAAGAAAACGUGAUGAGGAUGGCAGUCCAUACGAUACACAUCGCACAAAAGUUACCAAUUUUCUCAACAGUUCCCCCUGUAAAUCCCAAUUGGAUGAGUCCUCGGAUGAUGCUGAGAGUCAAAAUAGCCGCAUGAGCGAGGACAUAAAAACACUCCGCCAUAUUGAAAGAGAACACGCCGACUAUUUGAAAAAGGAAAUUGAGAAUUUCGAAAAAAGGCAACCACACAUUGCGAAAUAUUUCCAUGAAGUACAGGACUGUCAUGAAUUUGCUAUUUACUACAAUGGGGCCGCUAUUGAAUGGGGUAUUUAUGAACUUCUUAAGGGGAUUGAAUCAUUGUAA